AUGCUUCAAGAUAAAACUCCGCACGUUAGAUGGCAAGCCUGUAAAGCCCUCGAAACAAUUGAUGUUAAUGCAACAUCAGAUGAGGUCAUCCAAUGUCUCAUCAAAUCGCUUAAUGAUCAAGAUUCGAUGGUCCGAUGUAUUGCCUGCAAUGCUCUAGGAAAGAUUGCUGAAAAGAAAGCAACCAACACGGUCAUCAAUAGCUUGAUGAUUGCACUUCAAAAUAAAGACUCACGUGUGAGAUGGAAAGCCUGUAAAGCCAUUGGGAACAUUAACGCAAACACAACAGAUGAGAUGAUCAAUUCUCUCAUCGAAUCACUUAAUGAUCAAGAUUCGAAGGUUCGGCAUGAAGCCUGCAUAGCGCUAGGAAAGAUUGGUGAAAAUAAAGCAACAAAUAGAAUCAUUGGUAGCUUGAUAAAUGCACUUCAACAUAAAGAUUCUGAUGUCAGAUGGCAAGCCUGUGAAGCCCUCGGAACAAUUGGUAUGAAUACAACAUCAGAUGAGGUCAUCGAGCGUCUCAUCAAAUUAAUUAAUGAUCAAGAUUCGACGGGACGAUGUGAAGCCUGCAAAGUUCUAGGAAAGAUUGCCGGAAAGAAGGCAACGAAUAAGGCCAUUUGUAGCUUGUUGAAUGCACUUCAAGAUAAAGAAUCGAGUAUCCGACAAAAAGCCUGCGUUGCUAUCAGAAAAAUUGGUGAAAAAGCAGUAACGGUUGAGGUCGUUAGCGGUCUCAUCAAUGCACUUCGAGAUGAAAAUCAGCAGGUUAAACGGGAAGCUUGGAGUACUCUGGCAAAAAUCGGUGAAAAAGCAGCAACGAAUGAACUCACUAGCAGUUUGAUUCAACUACUUCAAGAUCAAGAUGCGAAUGUUCGAUGCGAAGCUUGCGUAGUCCUUGGAAAAACUCGUGGUAAAACUGUGACGAAGGAAGUCAUCACGAGUCUCCUUAUUGCACUUAAAGAUAAAAAUUCAAAUGUGAAAAAGCAGGCAUCUAAAGCCCUUGGCAGAAUUGGUGAAAAUGCAAUGACGAGUGAGAUCAUCGCUGAUCUUGUCAAUGCACUCGGAGAUAGCAGCCCUCAUGUCCGAGCUGGAGUCUGUACAGCCCUUGGAAGGAUGGGUGCAAAAGCAGCGACGAAUGAUGUCGUUGCUAUUCUUAUUAAAAUGCUCCACGAUGAUGAUUCGUACGUAAGUUGGAGAGCGUGCGAAGCUCUUUCAAAGUUUGGUGCAAAAACAAUAACAGAUAAUGUCAUCGAUGGCCUCAUUAAAGCACUUGAUCAUAAAGAUUUCGGUGUUCGAAGUGACGCUUGCGUAGCUCUCGGAAGAAUUCCUCAGCAUGCAGUGACGGAAAAGGUCAUAGCAAGUCUCAUGAAUGCCAUUAAAGAUGACAAUUUGUAUUUCAAAUGGAAAGCCUGUGCAGUCAUUGGAAGAAUCGGUGCAAAAUCGGUAAAAGGUAAUGUCAUCGUUCAUCUGAUCGAUGCACUUCGAAAUGGAAAUGAAGGUAUGAAAAAGGAAGUCAUUGAAGCCCUACUAAACAUCAGUAGGGAAGGAGCAAUUGAUGAAGUCGUUACUCAUCUAAUUAACGUAUGUCGAGACGAAGAUGAUUACGUCAAAAUUCUAGCCCUUGAGGUCCUUGGGAAUAUUGGUCCAGAAGCAGCAACGGAUAAAAUCAUCAUUGCUUUGAUUGACGUGGUCUCUAGAGAGGAAAGACAUAUUAUCGAUUCUGUUGCAUUAGAUGCUCUUGAUCGAGCACUCUCUUCGUAUCAUGCUAUCAAACUCUUGGAUUCAUCAACGGUUUCCCAAUUAUUGGCGUGUAUUAAACAAGACAAUUUUCAGUUCAAUAUGGUCUCAUCAGAUCAUUUUCUCAAAGUAUUUUUGGAGACAAGAAAUCCUAACUUGGCUCCCCUAGUUGCAAAUGCUGCAUUGCUGCAAGGUACAGCUGUAACUCUUACCGAAAAUAAUAUAACAGUCUACGACAAUAAAGGAUUAUCGCGGUUCACAGUUGCACUACCUGGAUUAAAGAAAGCUUUGAUACAAGCUUUCACACAAGUGAGAAGAGAACUUGGAUAUCACUAUCAUUGA